AUGGCAAACCUCACCGCUCUCGAGUCUGGUAACCCGGAUAGCGAUGAUGAGUCGAGAAAAGCUAGUAGACUGGCUGCUAGGGCCGCCAGGUUCAGUCAGAAGCUCCCAGGGAAUAGGUAUAAAGAGCUCGAGGAAAUGAGAGCCAAACAACGUAAAGCAUUCGAACAGUCUGGUCAGAUAAAAACAGGAAAGAUCGAACUUGAAGAUGCUGUUGACAUGCGUGGAACUUGUGAGACCAUGUGUUCGGAAUACGAACGAGAAUUCCGAGAAUAUACCCGUGAAGUGCACCCUUUCGAAGCUGGUCCCAGUAAGAGAAUCGACCCUCAAAAGGCCGUAGCGGCGUAUUCGAGGUCUGACGCAGGUGCUGGACAUGGUGAUUCAGCUAUAUUACCAUCAGACCUUCGUACACCUCAAACUCUGGUGGUAGUCAUGUUGAUUCAACCACCAUUGACUGGUGCGACCUCGUCUUACUCUCGAGCAAGAAAAGCACUUGGAUACUCUGCGGGAUUCAUCCGCGACCGAACAAGAGCUAUCAGGAAAGAAUUUGCCAUGCAGAGUUCGUGGGGUCAUGAAGAAGCUAUCAACAGUUAUGAACGUAUUGCUCGUUGGCAUAUACUUUGUCUACGAGAAUUGCAAGAGGAGACAGGAACCAAUACCGAUAUGCACAUCGAUUCAGCCGAAUUAGGAAGAUGUUUCACAUCUCUCAGACAACAAUAUAACGAUCGACGAGAAGAGACAGGUUUGGAAAUGCCUUGUCCAAACGAACCGGAAUUCCGUGCAUAUAUGCUCAUAUUUGAUCUCGCACAUAAAUCCGUCUCCAUUCCCAUUGCAGAAUUACCACAAGUGAUCUUAGAUCAUCCCCUCGUCAAGAUCGCUUGGAACAUACGAAAUACCGCUCAAAGAAACUUCGACUCACAAAAAGAAGGUAGCAAGCUCAAUGCCGAGUUAGGAUCGAAUCUCAUCACUCAAUAUGUGCGUUUGCUCAAGGACAAAAGGGUCCCGUUCCUCUUGGCUUGUCUGGUGGAGAUACGUUUGAGGGAAAUGCGACGAAGUGCCUUGAGAUCAUUGAAUAGGACAUAUCCGAGAUUACGGACGGAACCUAUACGAGUGAAUGAAGCUGGUGAGGUUGUGGAGAGAAAGAUGGUUUUGAUAAGUACUUUGGAACAGUUAUUAGGAUGUGAAGAACAGGAAAGUGAAGAUUCCGCUUGGGAUGAUGUGGAGAGAGGUGAUGGUAAACCUAGCACGGAAGUCGUUGAGAUAGUGCAGAGAUUUGGUCUGGAGGUGUAUAACGGCCCGCAAGGACCUAUUGGAGCUCUGAUAAAUUCAGGUGCUCCUUUCAACGGUGAGAUUCAAAAAGCAUAUAAUAAGGAUGCUCCUUAUACGAAAAGAUGGAAGUUGAUUACUGCCAAGAAUCCCUCUGCGAGCUAUGUGGACAUUGUGAAUGGUCUUGCCGGAGUACAGGUUGAGGGCGGACGGUCUUAUCAUUCUCUACCAACAAUUGUCGUUCCUCCGACACGGACCCAACCUCCUGUUGUGACCCACUUCAAUUUUGGCCCCAUCACAACGCCCAAGAAAAGUCCCCCGAAAUCAACUUUCAAUUUUCUCUCCACCGCCUCGACCGCUCUCGCCCUUCCUCCAUCAAUUACCACACCUUCUCAAGCACCCUCUUUCCCUUUACUUCCCUCAGCCACUUCUGCCAAACUACCCCCGACAAUUGCACCCUCGAAUAAAGCACCGCAAUUCAAUUUCAAAUUCACCCCGGCUACUCCCCUCCCCCCUCCCUCAGCAUCACCAGCACCCCUCUUCACUCAACCUGGUUUAUUUUCCAAUCUUUCCCAAUCCGCUGGAACGACCAUAACGUCGCUAAGGUCGCCUCCCAAAUCCCUCUUGGCAACAUCACAACCACCAGCAGCCCCUCCUGUGAAAUCUGACCCCAUUCCUACUCAUACCCAAAUCAUUUCAACUCGUGUGGUCAGUCGAAAGUCCGGUCUUUCACCAACAGAACGUCAACGCCGUCUUGACACAGCUCCUACACUCUCCUCCGAUCUCAUAUCAGAGGUCAUCGAUAGGUUACUCGAUAACUCUCGUCCAAUGUUCCGUAAGAUCUUGAAGCAAGAACUUGCAGCUCGAGAGUAUUCAACAGCUAAAAACCUCCGGAAGGAGAAAAUCGAGGACUGGUCACGGGACAUUUUUUCAAUGAUCCAUGAGGAAAUCGUGUAUGAUAUAUGCAAACAAGCCAUUUUAGUUGAGAUCGGUAAGAGGGCGAUGCUUCGUAGGACUUUGAGACAUUGGAAAAGGUGGGCGAGACGUAAGAGACUAUUGAGAGAAGAUGCGGAAAGGCAGAGACAGGAGGCAUUUGAUAGACUGAGCAUUAUGGGCGUAGGACCGUCAGGGUCGAUGAUUGGUUGGAGCGAUGGUUUAGCGACGCCUUUGACUGAAAAUGGGGAAUUGCCAGGUGAGAGAAAGGACGAGUUUGAAAUUGAUAUGGCUUUGCAUCAGUCCCUAAUUAGCAUCUUCACCGCGGAAGAUAUUGCUUUUAAAUCGCAGCUUAUGGAGGUCUCGACUCGUGCGGUAUUCUGUGUCGGUAUUGACGAACAGGUGGAAAAGACGAAAGAUCAAUUCUACACUCCCUCCACUUUCUUCCAUUCCAUCGCUCGAUACGUAGCUCCUCUUUUGAACCCGUCCAAAACACCUACCACCAUGACGGCUUUUACGAUUCAACAACAACUACCAGAUCGUCCCUUAUCACAAUGGCGUACCAUCUUAUCGUCAGCCAAACAAUCUGGUAGUCCACCACCAGACGAAGCUGAGCGUUGGUUGGCCGGUAAAUUACUCCCGAGAUUGAGUAACGAAUUCGAAUAUGAGGGAAUCAUCUUUGAUGCUGUCAAAGUUGAUCGAUAUGACCCUCCGUCGGGGGAAUAUACAGGGUUGGUAGUGUUUGAAGUCCCGUUACGGACUAAUGACGAGGGACAGAUUGAUGGGAAUGUAGGAGAUGCACAAGACAGAAUGACAGGUCUAGUCUAUCUCGCUAAUAGAGGUCAAGGAGCAUAUAUACCUUCAUUGUUGUUGGUCACAUGGGAGACUGAAUCUUUGGAUGAAGUCUGUGACAGGUUGGACAUACGUGAGGAUGUUAGAUCUUUUCAAAAUGUACAGAUACUCUCUUUGGAAUCUGCAGAGAAUGUCGAUAUUUCCUUUCAACAAUGUUUGACCAGAUUAUUCCCUUCGGUAACUAUAAGGGAAAAGAUAGAGUUGAGUCAUGCUGAAGCCGUGAACGCUAUGUUACCUUCCUGGGAAAGGUUUCUCCAAGCUGUUCAAGUUUUACUUUCUACCAGACCGAUGGACGUGGGAUUAAUUUUGAACAGUUUCGGAUUGGGUGUAAAUGCUUUAAUGGAGUUAUCAAAGAUUCUGACUUCGAUGACUAAGGUUUCUUUGGAGAUUACCAAGUUACCGUCUUUUCGAGCUGAUGGAGAGGAUGUUUUGCUUUGCCCCACCUCUCUUCCUGAAGCGCCCACCCUUCUCCGACUGUUAUCACUCUUUGCCUCACCUCCCUCGCACUACUACCUCCCCUUCGCCCCUGGUCCACGAAUCAGAUUCACAUGCAGAUCUGCUGUGGAGAAUAUAGCCGACUACGUUUCUCAGGAGGUGUUCAACGGAUUAGACGAGAUUAACCUUCUUGUUCCUCCUCUUCGGCAUGCUGCUCAACGUGGACAAGCAUUACCCGUCCCCGAGUUAUUACAUGCCAUUGCGUUGGUCGUCUUUGCCGAAUUAAACGAUGAUACUUCCCCUCUCAUCAUGAUCCCCACGACCAAAAUGCCCAAUAAACGAGUGGUACUUUCCUCCUUGGCAAAUCGGUAUGCCUCUUACAUGGAUGAGGUAAUCUCCCAUAUCGCUCAAUUCCCUGCAACUCUUUUGACCUCUUCGACCUCGUCAUCGUCAAGACCCACAGACGAAUCUUUACGAUCGAGUUCAUCUCAACAUUUACCAUCGCCAUCACGUUACCCAUCCCCCUCUUUUGAGACUCAUUCACUCACUUCUUCCCCAACUUACCCAAACAUUCCGAGGAAGACAGCACCAUCAUCUCCUCCUCAAUCCUUCCCUCUCUCAUCCUCUUCACCAAUGAUAGGUCAGAUGGGAAUGGGCACGAAACGACCCCGAGAAUCAUCAUCACCUUUGAAACAGAAACGAAGGGAGAGUAAAGCUUUGAAGAAGGCAAAGUUGUUACGGGCCAUGGCAGAGGUUAGUCGGACGUUGGGUGAGAUGGAAAUUGCGUUGUAG